CCCGUCUCGUGUGUUCCCUCGUAUUCAUAUGCUACGCCGCGAUACCGGACUUUUCUUUUACUUCUCUCUCAUCUCCCACUACUGCAUGAGCCUGGUUGUUAAACACCUGGUGGGUUCUGUGUAGGUUUCUGUUUCGUCACGUUGUAGGUUGGUUAGCUGCGCUGUGAGAAUCUUAGCGGGAAUCUAGAAUUCCACUUUCCGCAUUUCUUAGAUUCGUGGACGAGAGCUUUUUUUUGUGUGUGCACGCUCGCGCUGGGGAUGUAGUAGAUCUAGCUGAUUAGGGAGUAGGCUUGGGGUGAGGUCGAGAGUCAGUGGACUUAAGGGUAGAUACGAAAUAUUGUUAAUUCCUUAUAGAUUUUUUGUGCUUGUGUAGAGAUUGAAACAUGUAGAGAUUUGUGACGAUUUCACUUGUGGUUUGUCGAGGAUGGAAGGACGACCUCCUGGGAUUGUAAGUUUAAUUAAUGCGUGUGGAAGUCAGCCAAUGCUUAGGUAUCGUAUACUUUAAUCCGGUGAUCGCGGAUCCUAGGUCUUUUUCUGUUUUUUUCCUUAUUUGUUUUUGUUACGCCCCAAUAUGUAGCACUGUCUUCGUUUCACAAUCAACGCUUCCCUACAAAAUUCCCAACUCUGUCUACUACGAUCUUCUGGUUGAUGCUAAUUUGGUGCUUACGUGAGUAAUUCAUAAUCAGGUCGAGUGAUUUUCAGUUUAUAAUAUAUAGUGCUUGUGUACAUGAUCUAGUCAGUUUCAUAAGUUCUUUGAUGCAUCUAAGCGACAGAUAAUGUGGACAAUUAUUUAGAUUAUCUAAAUGAUCUAGAGAAGUAGAAUCCUUGUAAGAAGUAAGCAUCGGCACACACGAUCCAGGGGUAACCAUUGUAUCACAAAUGGUAGGCUGGGAGCACACAGUCGAUUCUUGACGCUUGUCAGGCCUUAGAACUUUAGUAGUGUGGAAUAUUUUGGAGAAACUGCAUGAGUUAUUCCAGAUUCUGGCAUUGAUGUGUUCAACAUGACAAGGUCUCCGUGCGGAGAAUAUAAAAGGAGAUUUAUCAAGGCCCGACACCACUUUUGCGACAUCCGUGUUAUCAUCCCCGUGACAAUUAGGUGUAACUUGAUUGGUUCCCUGUUUCUGUCACCCCAAAGAGCUCACUUCCUUUACCCUUGGUUGUAGAAAUUUUGGUCGAACCAAUCUCUGUGGUUAGGGGCAGGAAUCGAGAAAAUAGUGGAGACAACAUUUUUUGUCUAUUUAUUUCUGCAAAAGGAGAUUUGGAGCAGAAUGCUAGAGUGAGGAAACUACAAAUAUUGGUCUAGAACUUCCUCUACUUUGGUGAUGAACAGAGAUCAAUCAAAUUUUCAUGUAAAUAGAUGCUUGUGCGAAAACGGCAAUUAAGGUUUUCUGUGAAGGAUACAUUCUUGUCAAAAAAUUUGGGUGUGGAAGAUGCUGGUUAUCUAGACAACAAAGAAAGGAUUUAGUGAGGUAUUUCAAUAAGGCAUGGAGAUGGCAAGUCACCCUGCGGUACAUCCCGUGGCUCUUCCCCCACCAUACCAAGCUGUGGGACCUCCGGCACCUCCAGCAGUAAGGAUCAAUGAUUUUCCUGGAUCACCGGGGACGCUGAUGGGUUUGGCAUUGCGAUUCGCGCAAUUAGGAUUCGCCCUUACUGCGCUUUGUAUCAUGGUUUCGAUUGUUGGUUUCUCUUCGGUUACAGCAUUCUGUUUUCUUGUUGCAGCUAUGGUAUUGCAAUGCAUCUGGAGCCUGUGUUUGGGAGUUUUGGAUUGCUAUGCGUUGUUGACAAAGCGGUCCCUUCGAAACUCACUGAUUCUGAGCUUCUUUGUUGUUGGUGACUGGAUCACUUCAACAAUGACAUUUGCUGGAGCUUGCGCAGCUGCUGGAAUUACUGUGCUCAUUGAUAACGAUCUCAACCAAUGUGGACCCAACCACUGCAACAGAUUUGAGGCAGCUGCCGCUAUGGCUUUUAUGAGCUGGGUCAUUACAACUAUAUCUUUCUUUUUAUCAUUCUGGAUCUUGGUUACCUGCAGAUAAUACCUUAAUGCAUGGUAUGUCUUUUGUCUUGUAUAUUAGAAACUCUUGUGUUCACAUUGGAAUCCUCUGCUGGAUCCUAUGUCAAUGACAAAAGAUGUAGUAUAAGAUCCCUUCUAAAUACUCUUAGUGGGUGUGUUCAUCUUUUGGUUGUGGCCACCCAAAGUUUGCAGGAGGCUCAGAGACAGUCUCUGUUGCUGAGAAUUUCAUGGAGGGACUCUAAAUAGCAUACAGGUUUCACAGUUGUGCAACGUUGUUGGUUUUGUUUCCUUCAUGUUUAAACACAGGGGUAUGCCUAGUUGUCUAAAUUAAAUGGAUGACAAGGUACAAUAAGUUAGUAAUUCAUGAUGAAGUUCUCGAGUUUCUUUUUUUAAUAUGGUAGUUCCUUCGAGGUUUCACUCUGCUAUCAGGACACUUUCCCUGACUGAUUCCUUGGCUUAAGGUGCCAAGGGUCCUCUUACGAUCGUUACUAUUUCAUAUCCGCGUUUUAAUACUUAUAAGGAAUUUUGAGGGACGGAUGAUUACAUUUGUUGAUGCACCUCAAUGAUGCAUGAAUUUUUCUCAUCGUCCCUUGUCAGCUUGUCAACCAGGAGAGCGCACUAGGUAACCUAUAGUUUGUAUGGGUAUAAAUAAAGGUGAGACGGGAUGCGUUUCCAGUUUCAUAAAUUUGUCUCUUCAA